AUCGAGCAUUUUGUCCCUCUUGUUCCUUAUCGCGCAAGAAGAUUUUCUUGGACGCGGUUUUGGACAGUGGACACGCUGGACGCGGAGCAGGAUCCACGCAGGAGGAACAACCCGGACACCGUGUUCUUCCUUUGCGGCUUUAACACGAUGGAGCCUGCCUUCGGUGAGGUGAACCAACUCGGCGGUGUUUUCGUAAACGGCAGGCCGCUUCCCAACGCGAUCCGGCUCCGGAUAGUGGAGCUGGCCCAGCUCGGGAUACGGCCCUGUGACAUCAGCCGGCAACUGCGGGUGUCCCACGGCUGCGUAAGCAAGAUCCUGGCCCGCUACAACGAAACCGGCUCCAUCCUCCCGGGGGCCAUCGGAGGCAGCAAGCCGCGGGUCACCACGCCCACCGUGGUCAAACACAUACGGACAUACAAGCAGAGGGACCCCGGGAUUUUUGCCUGGGAGAUCCGGGACAGGCUACUCGCCGACGGGGUUUGCGACAAGUUCAAUCUGCCGUCAGUGAGCUCCAUCAGCCGGAUCCUCCGCAACAAGAUCGGUAAUCUGUCCCAGCAGAGCCAGUACGAGUCGGGCAAGCAAGGGCCUCACCCCCCUCCACAGCCAACGAUACCCUACAACCACUUAUACUCAUACCCGACUUCAAAAGUGCCCACUCCCCCCGGCAUGCCCACCCUACCCGGACACAUGGCCAUGCACAGGAUAUGGCCUUCCUCGCACUCUGUCACAGAUAUACUGGGGAUACGGUCUAUUACAGAGCAACAAAUUAGUGACAGUCCAUCCUUUUCCAGCACCAAACUAGAAGAAUGGAGCGCUAUUAACAGGACACAUUUCCCACCAGCAAACUCUCCACUAGUCAAUGGCAUGGAUAAACCGCAUUUAGAACCUCAAGCAAAAUACACACAGACGCUGAAUGGCUUGCCCACAGUGAACAGCUAUGUCACAGUACCCAGCAUCCCUCCCUACCACCCUCCCACCACCCAAGUGUCACCCUACAUGGGGUACAGCGCCACCACGUCGGCCUAUGUGACCGGUCCCACAUGGCAGCAGGGCAGUGGCAGUGCGCUAUCUCCCCACAACUGUGACAUCGCCGCCUUCCCGGCCUUCAUGGGCAUGACGGCCCACCGUGACGCCAUACAUCAAGUCACCGCCUCGGCACUGUGAAGUGACGGGAGAGAAAGGGGAAGGGAGUGAGACACGGCGAGGACAGGAGACACAGAGUCUGUCCCAUGUGGUUUCAUGCGAUCCCUAUGCCUCCUUUCAAUGAAGGACUCGGCCCCAGGACCCAUUUUUGUGCCCCUUUCUCGUCCCUGCGACACACAGUCACGCCAAAGACACACGAGGAAUAAACAGUCAUUUUUUAACAAACUUGUUUUCUGAGAGAAGAGACAGGUGUACUGAAGGACUGAUGUAAGACCGCUACUCCAUCCAUCAACACAAUUCCUCUCAGAUUCUUUACUGCACACUUCUGCAAAUGUCUUUGGGCAAAAUGGGGUAAUGUAUAACUUCAUGAGUAAGCAAUCAAAGAAGAGGGGGAAACUUUGCAUUUGUGUUUCAGGGGGCUUAAUAAUUGCUAUUGUUUUUUUUAUAUGUCUGUAUGCUUUUCUGUGUUAUGUUUUGAUAAAAGUCUUAUGGAGCAUUGUUUUCCAACUUCUCUAAAAAUGUAGCCUAUGUGAGAGCUCCAGAGAGAAGUCUUAUUUAUUAGAUUAAGGUACGUUGAAUGAAGUGCAAUUAGCCUUACAGACAGCAUGGGGAUCUCCACACACAUUUAGACAAAAUUGGCAUUGGUCUUAUGUUGGAGUGUGGAGCAUUAACAAUUGACAAAUGUUGCACAAUGAAAUUGAAUGUAUCUUAUUAAAUUGUUUGGCUGGUA